UUAGUCGUUAUAAAAUAUUCAAUAUAUACCAAAAUUUAAUUGGUAUAUGCAGAAUAAUUUCUAAAAUUUAUAUAGGUUGCUGCAUCUACAUCUGGCGCAAUGGUACCUUUAGAAUUCCAUGAAUGGCGUGACCUUCAACGUGCCGCACUUUACAAAUUAUAUGACCAAAAAUUUUUGCCAAAACCAAAUGGUGAUACACUCGUUGUUGAAUGGAGGGAAAAAUCAAAAAAGAAAAGGGAAAAAUUUUGGCAUAAAAUUACUUUUCGCUCCUUUGCUCCAAAAAAGCCAGAAACAUCUCCGGUUAUUACAAAUGAAGAAAGAAACUUAGCUUUCCGUGAACAUAUUAAAGAAAAAAUUGAAGCAUCAAUGGAUAUUCAGAAAAAAUCUUCAAUGGCAAUUAAUUCAAUGGGAAUUGAUUGCUUUAAUUAUAAUUAA